AAGUUUCACUUUAUUCUCGCCCUUUCUCCAUCAAAUAAAGACAAAAUUUUGGAAGGAAACUUAUCACAACUCGCUCACUCCCUCUCUCCAGACAACACAAACAGAAGCGCGGAGAGAGAGAGAGAGCCAAUUUCGCUAGAAAUGGUAAGGAUAAUUUCUAUGGCGUCCUCAAUCAGACCUCUAUCCUCUUUCAGGUUCUCUUCUUCUUCCUCGCGUUUUGGUCUACCUCUCGCCUCGUUUAAUCCUUCUCCGAAGCUCGUUUUCUCUCAUCUAGCUAGUGCUGUCCCGCAGUCACAGUUUUUUGGUUUGAAGACUUCUAAACACUUGAGAGGAGAUGUUAAUGGCGUAGGGGUGGUAUCAGCUGGGAAUAUGGCACAGGCAAGCACAAGUGCUUCUCAAGAAAAUUCCCUAGAAUGGGUUAAGAAAGACAAAAGAAGAUUGCUCCAUGUUGUUUAUCGUGUUGGGGAUUUGGAUAAGACGAUAAAAUUCUAUACUGAGUGCUUGGGGAUGAAGUUGCUGCGAAAACGUGAUAUACCGGAGGAGAGAUAUACAAAUGCCUUUCUUGGCUAUGGGCCUGAAGAUUCUCACUUUGUUAUUGAACUUACUUACAAUUAUGGAGUUGACAAGUAUGAUAUUGGUACUGGAUUUGGCCAUUUUGGAAUUGCAGUUGAGGAUGUUGCCAAGACUGUGGAACUCAUAAAGGCCAAGGGUGGCAAAGUAACCCGAGAACCUGGUCCUGUCAAAGGUGGCAGUACAGUAAUUGCAUUUAUUGAAGAUCCUGAUGGUUAUAAAUUUGAACUGCUGGAAAGGGGGCCUACACCUGAACCCUUGUGUCAAGUGAUGCUUCGUGUUGGUGAUCUUGAUCGUUCCAUAAAUUUUUAUGAGAAGGCCUUUGGCAUGGAGCUGCUUCGAAAACGUGAUAUUCCAGAAUACAAGUAUACAAUAGCAAUUAUGGGCUAUGGUCCUGAAGAUAAAAAUGCGGUGCUUGAAUUGACAUACAACUAUGGGGUUACUGAAUACGACAAAGGAAAUGCUUAUGCCCAGAUUGCAAUAGGCACAGAUGAUGUAUAUAAAACUGCAGAAGCAAUUAAGCUCUUUGGUGGUAAAAUCACACGGGAACCUGGCCCUUUACCUGGUAUCAAUACCAAGAUUACUGCAUGCUUGGAUCCUGAUGGUUGGAAAUCGGUUUUUGUUGAUAAUGUUGAUUUCCUCAAGGAAUUGGAGUGAGUUUUAGGGGCAUCAUCGUACCAGGCUUGUGACAGUGAAAUCUAAAUCAGAGUCAAAGCAAAACUUUGAAGAGGUGCCCAUGAUUCCCAAUUUGUUGAUAUGUAUGUUUUGCAGUGAUAAUUGCAAUAAACAUCCUCGCAGUUAGCUUUGGAGCAGUGGAGGAUUUGUGAGAUAUUUAUUUACCUGUUUAAUAUGAUUCUUUAUAUAAGUUAUGCUUGGAAGAAGCUAAUUAUAAGCGUACAGAAUGACACCAAAAAAUGUGAUGUUUUCUUAGGAAUCUGUUUCCAAAUUCUUGUGUCUUUAAUUUUAGUAGUAAAAUUCUUGAUCCAAAGAUUGUUGUCUUUA